AUGAUGUUUGGAUUGCUAGAGAUUAUCAAACUUUGAAAAGAACUAGAGACAAGGCCCUUUAAACAAAAGAAGCUAGCUGAGGAAAAUACAAAUAGAGCAAACUGCACACUUGAAAUAAUGAUAAAAGAAAGCUCCUUUAAAAAUGCAUUGAAAUUGCUACUGAAGAAAAUGUUAAAACACAGCCCAUUUUGAAAUUGCUGAAUUGAGUGCGAUUAUGGAGCCUAA